AUGCAUGUGGUACCAUUUCAUGGGAAGAACCCAUCUCACCGAUCCAAAACACCACCUGGAUACGACCACCGCCAACUCACUAAUGAAACUAGCUCUACAGAAGCAAGACUGUUCAAGGCCACCAAGAAAAUGAAUUUACACGUGAGAAGAACAAUCCAAAUCAAUGAUGAUGCAGAAGUAAGGAUCAACAAGACUUUUCAAUCGCUAGUUAAUGAUGCAGAAGGACAUGGAAAUAUUCCAUUUUGUGAAAAAGACGUGAGGAAUUAUAUUGACAAAGAACAUCGUGUAAUUGGAAAAGAAGGUGAUGGUAAGGCUUUGAUAAUGUCAUACUUGACUAACAAGUAUGACAUGCCUUUUGCUGCAUUUAUGGGUGUGAAUCACCAUGGUCAAUCAACAUUACUUGGUUGUGGAUUACUAUCAGGUGAAGACAUAUAUUCUUUUGUAUGGAUUUUCAAGCCAUGGCUUCGUUGUAUGUUAGAAAAACCACCUAUGGGUAUUGUGACCGAUCAAUGUAAGGCUAUGAAAAAUGCUAUUGAGUUAGUCUUCCCUACAACUCGUCAUAGAUGGUGUUUAUGGCAUAUAAUGAAAAAAAAUCCAGAAAAGCUUAGCGGAUAUGGUGAACACAAAAGGACCAAGUAUACAAUGAAUGAAGCAGUAUAUGAUACAUUCACAAUAACUAGUCUUGAACAAAAAUGGUGUUUGCUCGUAGAAAAAUUUAAUGUCCAAGAGAAUGAUUGGUUAGGUGGGUUGUAUGUUGAGCAUCAUCGGUGGGCACCAACCCUAUUAAGGAAAUAUUUGUGGGCUGGUAUGUCAACUACGCAACGUAUUGAGAGCAUACAUGCCUUAUUUGAUGGAUAUAUCAAUUCUACAACAAGUCUAAAUCAAUUUGUGAAACAAUAUGAUAAUGCUCUUAGAAGUUGGGCAAAAAAGGAAUUUGAAGCUAAUUUUAAUUCGAUGGAUACAACAAUUCCAUGUGGGUCAAACUCGACCAUUGAGAAGCAAUUCCAAAAUGAGUUUACUCAUGCCAAAUUUAGGAAAAUUGAAGUGGAAUUCAGAUCUAAAAUAACAAAUUAUCUAACAAAACAAAAGUGA